AUGGGUAAUUCGAGAUCAAGGAGUGAUCCUCUUGUCAUUGCUCGUUGUUCCUCACCAGCCUAUUGUGUUCAAGUUGUUGGUAGCAGGCACAUUUUGCUUGGUGGCGGUGGUGGAGCAUCAAAAACCGGAGUGCCGAAUAACAUUCAGACUUUGCUUCUUUCGUUCGACACAAAGUCGUCGACAGAUGCAGUGGAAGAUUUACCAAGGGCAGGUGAACGAUUAUCGUUGGUAGCGAAGAUUACUGACUCAUUGGAAACUGAUCCUUAUGCAACGAUGAAUAUGGACUGUGUAUUGUUGGGAGCUGCAGAACAGGGUAAAUAUCUUUUGGCUGCUGGGCAUGAUGAGUAUUGUGAUUUGUACGAAUCUAAGGGGUUUUCGUUAUUAAAAGCAAAGGAGAAUGAACUUUCGCUAAGUUUUGAGAAAAUAUCUCGGAUAAUUUCGGAUGAAAAAUCGAGUAAUGCUUAUCAGAAGACUGUUCGAUUCGAUCGGAGUGUUGAAGGGCAACCUCAGAGGUUGUAUACGGGUGGCGCAGACGGGUGUAUACGUAUUUGGGAUGUAGAAAAGUUAAGAGAAGAUUCUACUUCCAAACAUACCCCAUUGAUAAAAAUUAAAGCUCAUCAAGGAGAUGUAGAUGAUUUGGAUGUUUCGCCCAAUGGAAAAUUGUGCAUCAGUGUAGGGCAUGAUGCCACUGUAUAUAUUUGGAAUACAGCAGACGGAGAAAAAAUUUGCAGCUUACCAGUACCGAAAGAAAUUGGUCAUGGAUUUAAGGUUCGGUCGGUGCGCUUUACGGUUCUUGGUUCUAAGAAUACAAUAUUUUUGGCAUGUUACAAUCAAAUUCGACUUACAAAGAAAGCUGUAUCACAUGUUGUACUAUGGGCAUUCAAUAAUGAACGAAAUGUCUGUCGGCCAAUACUUGUUCGAGAAGCAUGUAAAGAGACAAUAUCAGCGCUAGCUGUUAGCGAGUGCGGUAAUUUCUUUGCCGUUGGAACAAUGGAUGGAGGUGUGGGUAUAUAUGAUACGCACGAAUUGAAAUUACUAUAUUUUGCUCAUGAAACACAUGGCAUCUUCGUUACAGCUGUAGAAUUUCUUCCCCAAAAAACACAUGAUUUUGGCCCGUUUAGUGGUGAGAACGAACGACAGCGUUCUCAUUACCCGGGAGUGGCAUCAGAAUAUCGUGCAGCUGUAAUUUCGCUAAGUGCGGACCAAACAGUUCAAUUUCAUGCUGUUCCUUUCGUAAAACCAACUCCAUUUACCUAUUUCUUAUAAAUGUCCGAAGCAAUCACUCGUGAAAGUGGUAAUGGAAGUGAUAUCAAUCUUAUCAAAGGGAAGAUGGUAGAUGUGAAGGGAUACGGAACACCACGUCGUGCUUUGGGUGAUUUGAAAAAUGUAUUCGCAACACCGGUUAGCACUGUUAUCAAACGAAGAAUUCCAGAAAAAUCGCAAUCAUCAUUCGAUGUAUAUUAUGAGAAAGAAACUAAUAAAGAUGACAAGGAUGUAAUUUUUGCUCCGGAAACUGAAGAUCUCGAAUCAGUGCAAGAAACCGAUGACACUAUCGAAAAAUUCAAUUUUGAAGAGCACAUAGAAACAUACGAAGAGAUAUUUCCUAAACCAGAACAAAGAAUUGAUGUAGCCGAUUUAUUGCAUAAUGUGCAAACCGAUGAUCGCUUCCUGCGAAGUCUCUUCAGCGAAUUAUUAGAUGAAGACAAUCUCAAAUUGUUAAAUGAAAAAAACCCGAUGACAAAUGCAGAUUGUGACAAAGCGCUUACCGAAAUCCUUGGUGGUGAAAUAUGCAGACAAUAA